AGUCAUGGCUAAAGUCAAUGGUACAGUGAAUAAUGCUCCAGAGAUGGAAGAAAAUGAAGAUAAAGCGUUGCUUGGGAAUCACAGAUACACGUUACCUGUACUAAGAUACACCAACAUCUUUAUUAGUCUUGUUAUUAUUGAUGGAAUUAUGUCAUGUAUUAUGUGGUUGACAGGUGGUCACACCAAGUACUUUGUGGACAACAUAACAGACUUUCAUUUCACUGAAUCAGUGUUUGACUUGGCCCUUUUAGCCGGCCUGAAAACUGCCGUAAUUGUCACUGUACUACCAAUUCUAGAGAAUAAAUCCUACGAACAGAUACACAGUCCAUACGAUCGGAGUCUACAGACAUUAUGUUUUAUCCUAAAGACUGCUUUAAAAUUGCUUUUUCUAGUAUCUCUUAUAUUCUCCUCCGUAAAAGGAGGGAUGGUUUUGAACUGUAUAUUGAAUGGUGAACAUUAUGUUACAAUGCAUGUUACAUACAAUGUUUUAGUCAUAUCAUCAGUGUCUUUCAGUGUUUUAGAGUUUAUACUUAGUUUAUUCAGUGAUCGUGCAAUGAGGCGGUUGAAGAUAGUGAGGAUUUUACACAGAUUUAAUGAUAAAGGUCAGGAAAUAGACAAGGAAGGAAAACCUGUCAAAAAAAAGGUGGAUAUCAAAAGAUUGCUGUUGCUUGCUAAACCAGAGUGGGGGAUUCUAUUGGGAGGAUCCCUUGGAUUACUGGUCUCCAGUGGGGCUCAAACAGCUGCUCCCCUCUUCUUUGGUGCAGUGGUAGAUGCUGCUCAGAAAAGCAUGGGUGAGCUGACAAACACUGUGGUGAUCUUGGUGUUAAUUUAUGUUCUUUAUGCUAUCUUUGCGGUGAUUCGGGCCUGGCUUUUCACUCUAGCGGGACAGAGAUUGGUUGCCAGACUUAGGAAACAUUUGUUUGAUCACAUUAUCCAGCAAGACAUUGCCUUCUUUGAUACCAAUAGGACAGGUGAACUAUGUAACAGACUGGCAUCAGAUACACAGGUUGUUCAGAAUGCAGCCACUGUGAAUGUAUCUAUGCUGGUGCGAUACACUCUACAGAUGCUGGGAUCUCUUAUCUUAAUGUUUUAUCUGAAUGCGGCUUUAACUGGAGUAUUGUUGGCUGUGGUUCCUGUUGUUUCAAUCGUAGCUGUACAAUAUGGGAAGUUUGUGAAGAAUAUGAGACAGAAGUUUCAGGAUCGUUUAGCUGACGCUGGUACCCUGGCUGAGGAGAACAUCUCCAGCAUCAGGACUGUCCGAUCCUUUGCCGGGGAAUCCAAGGCGUCCAGCCUUUACAGUGAAGAAGUGGAGAAGAGCUACAAAGUCGGGAAGAAGCUGGCUAUAGCUUAUGGUGCAUUUGAGGGUAUAGUGGGUAUUUUGGCUUAUGGUGCAAUAGCUAUGGUUCUAUGGUAUGGUGGAAAGCUGGUGUAUGACAACACACAUGGAGAACAUACAGGCCUUACUCCAGGUGUACUUACAUCUUUUUUGCUGUAUACCUUACAAGUUGCCAUGGCAUUUGCCUUGAUGUCAGCCCUCUAUGGGGAUUUUAUGCAGGCAGUAGGGGCCUCUAUAAGAAUCUUUGACUUGCUGGACCGAGUGCCGGAUGUACCAACAGAGAACGGAGAAGUCCUCUAUCACAUGAAUGGACGGGUUGAAUUCCAAAAUGUUUAUUUCACCUAUCCUUCAAGGCCCGAAACUAAAGUUUUAAAGGGCAUUACAUUCAGUGUGGAGCCGGGUGAGAUGGUGGCCCUAGUGGGGCCCAGUGGAGGUGGAAAAUCUACCAUUGUUAACCUUAUAGAGAGGUUCUAUGAUCCAGACUCUGGCAGAAUACUGUUAGGUGAUGUGGACCUGAAGACAUUGGAUCCUCAAUGGUUCCGCAAAAAAGUAUCCAUGGUCAGUCAAGAACCAACUUUGUUUGCUUCCUCCAUCAAAGACAACAUUGCUUAUGGAUGUAGGGCAACAGAUCAAGAGGUAGAGGCUGUGGCUAAGCAGGCCAAUGCACAUGAAUUUAUCUCAACCUUUGAGGAUGGGUACAAUACUUUAGUGGGAGAGAGAGGAGUUCGUCUGUCGGGAGGUCAGAAACAGAGGAUUGCCAUAGCAAGAGCUCUUAUUAUGGACCCAGUACUCCUGUUACUAGAUGAGGCCACCAGUGCCCUGGAUGCUGAGAGUGAACACUUGGUUCAGGAGGCAGUAGACAGAGCAAUGAAAGGAAGAACCGUAAUUGUCAUAGCUCACCGUCUCUCCACUGUCAGAAAUGCCACCAAGGUUGUGGUCAUUGAUAAAGGAGAAAUAUCAGAAAUGGGGACCCAUGAUGAACUUCUAGCUAAAAAUGGAGUGUAUAAGCGGCUGGUGUUACGUCAAUUAACGGCCGGCUCUUUUAACCAGUCUUUACAUGGUGAAGAGGAAGAGACACAUGAUUCUAGUUGAUUUAUCACUCAAAUUAAUACAUAUGCAUUCAAUUUGGAUAUCCAUACUUCAUGAAGAUCAGCUUUUGUAUACACAUGAAAUUUUUGGGUAGCUGACACAUACAUUCUUAUAUUAGUUCCAACUUAAUAUAGUUUUCAAAAUAUAAAAUUUAAACAGAAUUAUUCUUUUUUCUUUUUAUUUUAAAACAUUUUUUGUGCUUUGAAUGUGUGACUCUUCAGAAGUUUCUGGUGUCUAAACUUAUAUUUUAUGUAGCAAAUAGAUGAUCAACAAGUGCACCAGAAACAUGCAUGUAAUGUGUGAGACAUUUUUCAUUUUUGUUUUGUAUUGUUUGAUUUUCCUAAUACAACAAUUUACAUGUAUUAUUUUACAAGUACAUGCAUUAAAGGCAUGACACAUUUAUAAAGAA